AUGGAUAUCCACCGCUGUCGAUUCGUGCCUUACCCGCCAUCUACAAUUAAUGUGCUAGCGUUCUCUCACUCCCACAUUUCCAAGGAUCAGAAAACGGCUCCUCCGAGACUCGCUGUAGGACGAGCGAACGGCGACAUCGAAAUCUGGAACCCGCAAAACGGAUCAUGGUUUCAAGAGACGAUCAUUCGAGGGGGACAGGAUCGCAGCAUUGAUGGCCUUGUUUGGACACAGGAUCCAACGGAGCAAGAUGCACACGGCAGAACGAUCAUUGGGAAAUCACGACUUUUCAGCAUUGGAUACACGACAACUGUCACAGAGUGGGAUUUGGAGAAUGGCCGGCCAUUACGGCAAGCAAGUGGCAAUCAUGGAGAUAUAUGGUGCCUAGCCGCACAGCCAUUGCUUUCACACUCCCAGAAGGAGCUAAACGGCACAUCAACUGGACACUGGGAGGGGCAGAGUCUCAUAGCUGGUUGCACGGAUGGCGCUCUCGUGUUAUACUCGACAAAAGACGAAGACCUCCAAUUGCAACGGAUACUUGUUAGACCUUCUGCGAAGAAGGCUAAGAUCAUCAGUGUCACUUUCCAAGAUCGCAAUGUUGUCAUUGCCGGCUGCACAGAUAGCACAAUUCGUGUAUACGACAUACGCAACGGCUCAAAUUUGAGGACCAUGUCACUCGGCGCUGGGUCAAAGGGAGGACCAAAAGAGAUUAUAGUAUGGUCUGUCAAAGUUUUGCAGAAUGGGAAUAUUGUCUCUGGUGACUCGACUGGUGAGCUGCGGAUCUGGGAUGGCAAGACAUACACUUUGAUGCAACGGGUAAAGGGCCACAAGCAAGAUAUUUUGAGUCUCGCGACAAGCUUUGACGGCUCCACGAUUGUAAGCGGUGGUAUGGAUAGACGAACGGUGGUGUACAAGCGGGUUGGAAAAGGAAAAGGUCGAUGGGCAGAAGUCGGGCACCGACGGUAUCACAGCCAUGAUGUCAAAACAAUGGCAAGUCUGGAGUACAAGGGAAUGAGUGUUGUGGUAUCUGGAGGUCCCGAUGCCUCACCGACUGUCUUGCCCCUUCGCCAGUUCGGAAUGGAGAACCAACGAGAGCUACCCUUUUUCCCCCAAGAGCCUCCCCUUCGAAGUGCACCGUCAAAACGACUCGUUAUGUGUUUUUGGGAUCGCGAGAUCCAUGUUUGGCGUCUGAAUAAACCAGGACUCGAGUCAGAUCAGAACCGGAAAUUGGUUGCUAAAAUCCUGAUCAAAGGGGAAGCAAAUAUCACAUCUGCAGCUUUGAGCGCUGAUGGUAGUUUGAUUGCUGCUUCAACAACAACGGAUAUCAAAUUGUUUCAGCUCAAGUCACGGAAUGCCGAAGAGGGCGAUGCUCUUAGGGUUACAAAGGUCAUGGUUCCAAGCAGCUUUUCCUCCGGAGCAAGGCUUGUUCAAUUCUCACCAGACGCAAAGUGGCUUUGUAUAAUCCGCCCCGAUUCUCGAAUCGUGGUUGUACGUCUCAUUAACUCCACGUCAUCAGCCACAAUCCAUCCCCAAUUCUCCAGACUCUCGCGAAUAAACCGCCAGGUCGAGAAGCAUGUCUUGCUAGGCGGUCUUGGAUCUUACGAUAGAACUAUCACUCAAGCUGCCUUUUCGUCUGAAGGUAGAAUCCUAGCGGUGAGCGACUUGGCAGGUCACAUUGACACAUUUGUCCUCUCUGGACAGGAAGAUCUUAGUCAAGCGCCACCUGCUCUCGUUGAUGAGGCCUCUUCAUCCUCAGAUUCUUCUGAUGGUGAGGAUUCUGGUUCAGAGGAUGAAGGAGCUAAAACACAAUUAAUAUUUGGCCAGCAGUGGAAACACAACCCCACGGCCUCUUUGCUUCCCAAACUCCACUCUGCACCAACGAUCCUCUCGUUCCGACCCUCCACAGCACAGUUGACUAAUGGUUUGACGAAAAGUCCUAUCGCUACUCGGCACAAUCCAAAUCCCGUCUCUCACGAGUUUCAAACUGGUGAGGACAGAUUACUUGUCGUUACAGCCACAAAUGAGAUUUUCGAAUUCGAAGUCCUGAAGGGGGGCUUAAGUCCCUGGUCGCGCGUCAACCCAAUCACGAGUUUCCCAGAAGAAUUCCGGAAAAUUCGUGAUCUAGCACGAGGCUGUAUUUGGGAUGUCAGCGGGGCGAAAGAGAGAGUGUGGCUCUAUGGCGCCGGCUGGUUAUGGAUGUUUGAUCUCUCGCGAGACUUCCCCCAAACGAUGGACACGAAUGUAGAGAUGAAUGGGACCGUUAGUGGGAAAAAGAGGAAGAGAAAUCACGGAAGAGAGAACACUUCAGGUGCAGGCUCCACUAUUCCGGAUAGGGAGCUUGGGACAGGUAUUUCGAGGAAGAUGCAGAGAAUCAUUCAUGAAGAGGUCGAUGAGAUGGAGGAUAUUCCUUUCCACGAUAAAGAUGCUAUGCAUGUCGAUUCAGAUGCUGAUGAAGAUCAGAGUUCGACGUUGGAGCGAUUACGGCGUGGAAAUGAAGCGGAAGUGGCCAGGAAAGGAGUGGAGGACAGCAGUACAGGGCGACAGUGGUGGCGCACAUUCAAAUACAGGCCAAUCCUCGGGAUUUGCGUUGUUGGUGAGCAAGGCGGUAGUAAUACAGGACCGGAAGUAGCUCUUGUUGAGAGGCCGAUCUGGGAGGCUGAUUUGGGACCCAGGUAUUUUGGGGACCAAGAGUGGGAGAAAGGUAGUUUGUAA